GCACAGAGGGCUGGUCAGCUCCUGAACAAUUCUGGCGCUUCGAAACAUUCUCAUUCAGUGCCAUCGCCUGGCUUGACUUUUUUCUCUGUGCGAAUCCACUUCCAAACGUAUGCUCAUUCCUGCUCAGGCCUGGUUCGAACUCCGUCCGGACGUGUUGUUCAUCCGAACCUAAUUGACAACGGGGAUGGCACCGUGACUGCUCAGUUCCAGCCCAGCGAGCCUGGCCUUCAUGACCUCGAGGUCACCUACAACGGCCAACCGAUCCCUGGCAGCCCGUUCCGCUUCUACGUCGAGGCGCUCGGCUCCGGCCGGGUCACGGCUUAUGGGCCCGGCCUGUCGUACGGACGUUCUGGAGAGAUGGCCGAGUUCACAUUGGUUACUCGAGACGCGGGCGCAGGUACGUGGUUUACUGGCACAGUCUUGGGCCCUGAUGGUCUAGGGAAUUUAAUAACUGAAUUUAAGGUCUUGGUCAGCAUCACCAAUUCAGAGGGGAUUACGCCUGAAGAGAUGACCUCAGCAUUACCUUGCCCCACCUACAAAGACCUUUGGACGGACCGCCUAUCUGAGCCUACCGCAAGGCAUCCAAAGUUUCAACGGGUGUUUUCCGAGGCCUUCGCUCCAAUCAUGCCACAGGCGACUCCUCUAUACUCCCCAAGUGGGCUCUCAUUGGCCGUUGAGGGUCCUUCGAAAGCCGACAUCCAAUGUCACGACAAUCGCAACGGCACUUGUAGUGUCUCCUACCUUCCAGUUGCCCCGGGUGACUAUAUCAUAUCUAUCAAGUUCAUGGAACAGCAUAUUCCGGGAUCACCCUUCUCAGCUCAUAUUGCCGGAUUACUUUAUCUCAGCGAUAUUUUUUCUCUGUUUUAUUAUUCUGCUGCCCAUUGUCGAUCGCUUGGUACAUGUCCAGGGGAUCCACGAAGUUUCAGCCAGGUCUGUGUGGGUACAACGAGUGAGGUACCGCUGAGGAUCUCGGAGACAGACAUUUACAAUCUGACCGCAAGUGUACGGAGCCCCUCAGGCCGAGAACAGCCCUCCCUGCUUAAGCGAAUGCCAAACGGGCAUCUUGGUAGGUUCAUUCAACCCUAA